CACUCAAACCAGAAGAAGCUUCCAAAUAAUAAUGAAAAACGGUGAGAAUGACGUCCUGGUUGAUAAAGACGACCAGCAACAAACAACUUGGACAAGGAAUGAUAAGAUGUUGUUGAUAUGUUGUCUUCUAUGCGACUUUGCAGAUGGAACAGAGACGGAUUUGCCUGGAAUGAUGACUCAACAAGUUUCAUGUGACAUUGGACUGUCUCAUUGGAAAGAAGGAUUAUUGGAUUACGUUCUGUACUUCUCUUUAGCAGUUUCAGUUAUGAUUGCAGGACCAUUGGCAAAAGGGAUUGGAAAACGGAAGACGAUUUUAAUCUCGCUAUAUCUGAGUGUAUGCAGUUUAGUUAUCCUUGGCAUAGUUGCAAAUUUUACAGCUCUUCUUGUUGCUCGAGCCCUCCUUGGCUUUUGUUGUGGACUCAGAUACAACAGUCUUUAUGUUUGGGUUGCUGACGUAGCUUAUAAUAGAGAGAUUCUAGACAGGAUUUUAUUGAUAACACAGAUAUUCUUCACUGCCGGGUCAAUGUGGUCAUCAGUGUUGGGGUUCCUACUACUUGAUUGGAUUGGAUGGAGGAAGUUUCUACUUUUCUCGACAUUGCCCGUACUCAUUCUUCCGAUCAUCAUGGUUCACUUCUGUGUAAAAGAUACAAAAGGCCCACAAAUAGAAGGGUCAGAAGACGAAGCAGAACAGCCAGAAACAGUGAUUGUUUCAAACUUCGCAGCUAGAACCACAAAAAUGGGGCUGCUCAUUGCUUGUGUUACUUUUAAUGGCUGGUUGAGCACCCUCCUCGUUCCAGCGUUGAUCCAGCUGCUUAAGAUCAAGGAAGCAGGACCAAACAUUCAUUGUUCAGUUACCAUGACUCAAGGGCCGGAACUCUUGUUACUGGCACUUGUUAACUUCGCAGGUAUGCCCUCUUUAUUCCUUAUGCACUGGAUAAAAGACAAGAUUGGAUUUCGUAAACUGCAGGGGUUUGUUUCCCUAGUAUACAUAGCAAACUUUGUACUGAUGCUCACACAACAAAACCUUGCGGUAACGAUUUUAACUAACUUCAUAACGAAGUUUUUUGACGGGAUAAUUGUAAUGGGCUACACCUAUGUCCUCUACGACGUGAAUUACUUCGGAACGUCAAACUUUGAAGUAGGAACUAGCAUCGCAACCACAAUUGGCUUGAUUGGUUUGAUGGCUGGGUCGGCCAUGGUCUCAUUUGCCUCCACAUCAUCUGUUAUAAUCACUGCUGUGGUGGUCAGUGUGGUUCAGGUUAUGGUUGUUGUUUCUAUGACAGAGGUUCAGUAGCAAUAUCAAGCUGAAUAGGUGAGCAGGUUUAAAUACACACGGACAGAAGGUUAGAUAGAAAAGUGCUCAACACAUUAGGCCAGGUUUCAAAAUGAGGAAGUGAUCUGGAAGUCCUUUCCGAAACUUUCUUUAGUUAGAGCUGAGGAAUAAUCUGAAACUGUUUAUCUUAGAUUCCGUAUCAACCUUGACAGCUUUGAAUUCUAGAGUUACACUUACACUUUACAGUUAUGAGUUAUAUCACUACAAACUUUCGACCUAAUAUGACCGUUAGACACUCUCACUGCAAAGAGACACAAACAUUGUCCACUUUUAGCAGAACAUCCCAGAUUUGCUGCAUGAAAGCGAAGGUGAUAGGAAAAGACGGAGACUAAAAACACAAAGGACUGGAGAAUAACAAUCAGAGAGUCUUCUUCUCAAUUUAUCUGGGGACCAUCCCGGUUCAAUCCCUUUGUCAUAUUUUCAAGUAAUUCUAGUUUUUCCAUAUUCCAUAAAUGUAUAAUACUUACAUAAAUACAUCUGAGUAACAAGAUUUGAACUUUAUUUAAUUGUUUCAACCAUGUAAUAAUGUGUUGAACUAAAUUAGCGUAAUUCCUUCAAUUUAUGUGAUUAAUUUCUCAUUCAUGAUACAAGUUUGAUUGUGUGUUGUUUUACUGAGAAGCGUGAGAAAUGAUAAUCAUGAUCAAACCAUGUGCAUCAUUAAACGACGGUCGUUGCCUUUGCGAAUUGAAAAUACUGUAAAGAUGUAAUUUAUAGUUUGCUUAACUUUCAAAUAUUGAUAAUUCCAAAUAACUUCUCUCAUAGAAUGAAAAUGAAAGGUACCGUUUAAAGUUUAUUGUUAUAUAGAAAACUGAGUUUCUGGUAUUUAGUGUAUGCUAGUCAAGCUCUAGUCACGUAACAGUAACACGAACGGCAGGGCAUACCGCAUGGUAGAAAUGAAACGAGUAAAUUAAAAUAGAGAAAUAAUUAAAUAGCUAAGUAAUACAAUACGAACUUAUUGUGCAAGAUAUGUAUUUACUGGGCAGCACUCAGCCUGUCAUUCCGCCGCAGCUUAAUUUAUAGCCUGGGGUUCCCAAGUACCCCUGUACACUGUAGCUGUAUGACUACUUUAUAAUUUCUUCGAUUUCAAUUUCUUUCAUAUCAACAUUUUGACUGCUUAACAAAUAUUUUUCGUGCUUACUGUACUAACUAUUUGUCAUCAACGUGACACAGUAUAUAUUAUUUGAU